AUGCGCUUACCACAGACGUGCACCUGCGUUCUGUUUCAAUCGCUGCUGCUGCUAACGGUGUUCCAAUGUCCACCGGGGACAUUGGCUGUCACAUCCAGUAGCAAGCUACUUGUGCGCGCAACGGUUGAAGUAAUUCACCAGCACUACACUACGAUCAUCAGCAAGCAGCUGUACUUGCGCUGGGAAGGUACAUCGGAGCUGACCGAUGAAUUACUAAAACGAACCAUCACUCAUCUGACGGUUCUAAUCGAAUCGAACCCGGAGCAACCCGUGGACCAGGUGCCGACCGUUCUCGGGCCACACCAGCAGAUGCGUGUACUGAACCUGCUGAUAGUGGCCGAUUACCAAGGCUUCAAACGUAUUGUGGAUGGGUUUAGUGAUGAGGUAUACGACUUUUCCGGCCUCUACACGGUGGUGGUAGCAACGCCAAACGAACGUAGUCUCCAGAUUGCCGGGGCAAUUCUUCGCACACUUUGGGCGCUAUACAUCGUGAAUGCGAUCGUAUUGAUAGAACCGACGAAUCACACCACCACCAACGGGGUACGGCUCUACACGUACUUCCCGUACGGUGAUGGUUACUGUGAGCGUGCCCUGCCGGUCGUAUGGAAUGUGUACGAACCGAGCAUUGGGUUUAUCCAUCGCGACCGCAUCCUGUUCCCACACAAAUUGAGCAACUUUUACAACUGCCCACUGGCGGUUGCUACAUUCCCAGUGUAUCCCUUCAUCAUCCCGGCCCCGGAUGGUGGUAACAAUGAGCUGGUGGGGAUUGAAGGAUUGUUGUUACGCACACUAAUGCAACGUUUGAACUUUCGGCUGGAGGUCAUCAUCGUUGAACCGCCCGACUGGGGAACGGCUGGUCCACGGGAACAAUCAACUGGUGCUUCAGCUUACGUAAGCCUAACUGCAACUUGCGGAUGUGCAACAUUUCAUGUAAUCCUCCAAAUUCCAGAUUCGACAUCUUCGAGCGAACCUAACCAUCGGUUAUUGGGCGACUACAUUGCACCGUAA